AUGGCCACACAAACUGUUCAACCGGGCGCCUCAACGGCUCAAGAGACUAGCCUCACCAUCUAUCUGUACUCUGAUGACGAUAUCUACUCGCCCUUAGGCUCGGUGACCUACCAGCAAAGUGACACUGUACUCGACAUCAAGCGUCGAGUGCAGGCUCAACUCCACUACCCGACUGAGAGCCAGUGCCUUGUUCUUCGUAGUAGAGUCCCCAACACUCCCAUCCAACAACUGGGGGACACAGGGAGACCGUCUGAUACAGAUGGUACACCAUCGAUCCGAGUAGACCUUGCCAACGCCACAAAACCAGUAGCGGGGGGAACUUCGUACCAAGAAGAACACAAAACACAGGUGUCUGAUUCUAACAAUAGACUCGUCGCACUCGAUGCGGACCAAACUGCACGAACCAGUGUCGGGCAAUACUACAGUGAAGAGGCUCUUAGACAUGGAAGCACAAAUAUUCCAAUAGCAAGUAAUGGUGUCCAAGGCGCAAGAUUAAGAGGAGAGUCUAAACUCAGGGUUGGUGAUCAAUUUGGUGGUUCUCUUUGGUGA